AAACAGAUGCGGAGUCACGUGACCCAUGGUCGGUUUACGAGAUUCAAAAGCGUUCGUUUGCGUUCGACAAUCCGACAGUCGCCAGUCACGAUUAUUGUGAUACGUUGAUCGCUUCGUCAGCUAGUGAGAUGCGCUUAGCGUCGUGAAGCAAACACGAACGACAGAAUCGGAAUCAUCGGCUACCAUGGCAGACAACAACGCCGUUCCAGAAACCACGGACAACACCGCCGAAGUUGGAAAGCGCAGACGAUCUUCGAUCCUGAAAGUCCCAAAGCCCAGCACCGCAGACGCCGACAACAACACCAUCGUCGACGUGACGGAAAGGCGGGCCAGCAAGCGUGUCAGCUUUUCGAACCUUCCCCAAAUCAAGCUCUUUCCAGCUGACACGGCCGAGGCUGGCUCCUCUGUCGCUGAUUCAGGGGGCGAACACGAGCCUGCGGUUGGCACCGAUUGGUCUGGAGCCAUGUCCACCACGGUUGCAAACGACUGCUGCCCGGAAGACACAGCCGACCCCUUUGUGAUCCUCCAGCGCCAAGACAAUGUCGUGCAUUUUCUGAUGACUUUGCCUCCGGUCGAUCCUAGCAAGAAUAGUGGCGGGGCCUUCGACGACAGUCCGCUUGGCACCGAGGUGGCAUCCAGGUACUUCUCUUUGGGUGAAGAGAUGGAGAUGACCUCCAUGGACGCUGCUUCCGUAACUGCUCGGCCCCGUCCAACCGACCAGUCCACCUUGGGGGACGCCACAAACGUCGCUUUUGUCACAGAGGACGUCCCUGCGGCCGAGAGAAGUUUGCAUCGACCUUCUAACCUCAUGGACAUGACUUGUGCGACGGAGACCUCUCUGCGUGUUCCGCCCGCUUCGUCUGCAAGGCACGAUGUCAUGGACAUGACUUGUGCUGCUCGGACAGCUCUGCGUGAACUUCCAUCUGCAUUGUGCGCUUCAGCUGUGCAGAUGGAGAUGACCAACAUCACCGAAACCGGAGUGCUCGGAGCUUCGUCUGUGCACUCUGCUACGAUGGGUCCCAUGGAUAUGAGUUGCGUCGCCAUAACUGGUGCGCUUCUUCCAGGUGAUGGCCAGGAUUCUGUGCCUGCUGAUAGCAAUGUAAUGGACAUGACUCGUCAAAGUAUGGCUCCUGGCAGUUUCUGGGCACAGUCAGUAGCACCGGACCCCACCGACCGUUGCCUUUCGUCAAGUCUCCGAGAGACGUGUACGGCACGCUGUGAGGAGCCAAAACAGCAAAACGAUACUCUCAGAAGAGGGUCUGGCUUUGCCGUGGACAAACUUGAAGGUGCUGUCGGUCAUCUGGGUGGGCUCGGAGACAAUCUUGGAGGUGGGCAAGUCUCCAGAAGUGCCAAAGAGACAGAAGCAGCACCAGGUCUGCGGGGUUCUCUGCACACAGUCUUCGGUGCAUCGCCAGCGAAAGACAUGUGUGAAAGUUUGCGGAGUGGGGUCAAGGCGCUGACACUCGAGGCCUCGCAGACAGACGCUUCUCAACCGUCGUUUCCGUCGGAGUCGGACUCGCUGCCGCCACACGAGAGAACUGGAUUCUACAAGAGCAAAUCCAAGGGGCCGGCUGCAAGCGACGACUCGCUCGAACUGGACACGUCUGGCAUGGAGCAGUCAGCGCCAGACACCACGAUGCUCGUUCGCAAGUCAAUGUUCAUGCGAAACGUGCCGUUCCAGUCGACCAUGAUAGGCGAGGAGUACAGAGAGACCACAAUGCCUGUCCAGGAUGUCUCGAAAUGCACUGUGGAGCACUUGGUCAAGAAAGCCGAAGAGGGCUCGCUUUCGAGAGCAUUCCGGCAGUUGGUCGGAACCAAUUCUGACGCGCAAACCGCGGGCGACAUGGACCUCGAAUUGACUCUUCUGGGCAUGACGGGGAAGUCUACGAUUGGAAAGUCUGCUAGGGCAGCCUCCACACAUACCGUGUUGAUGGAGGACAGCGAUACUCUCCGUCUGCACAGUUUAAAGGUUGGCGGUGCCUUGGAAAUGAGCAUCGAGAAGAGCCACGCAGGAUCCUUGAACCCCGUCGUAAAGGAGCCAAAGGACUGGAAGCUUUUUUGCGAGUCAUCCGGUCAUCAGAUGAGAGCAAGCAGCGUCGCGUUUGCUGACGGAAGCGAUGCUAUGCCGGAGGAUGUGGGCACACCUGCGGCGUUCAGCUCGACAAGUUCGUUUAGGCACCUCGACCACAUCUUCUCUCCCAAGCAACCAGCAUCGCACAUGGAAGAUGCGAGCAGGGUCCUCGGACCAUCUGGAUCAGUGAAGCAGACGAGAUCUGUGCUCGGUAUGUCUGCAAUGGGGAACUUGGAAGGGCGGCGCGGCGAAGUCGCUUGUCCGGUAGAGAGGAGCUGUGAGUCAAUCACCGUCUCGGGCAGAGAGUUAAUUGCUCGCGGAACUGCCCAGCCUGCCGACGUUUCCGCGGAUGUCGCCGACGAAAAGCUCGUGCGGCAGGACAAAUUGGCGGGCGGCUCAAGAAGUGCGUCAAAGUCGCUCAAGGUUGCCAAAGAUGUGGAAAUGGGUGAAAGCGUCCGGCACGUCGGUGAAGCGACCAGGGGCCAAGAAUGCUUGGUGACACACUCGCGGGGUGUGUUGAGGCCGCUAGAAAACUUUGAGACGCAAACUGUUGAAACAACAAUCGCGGUAAUCGACGACACAAUCGAGAAGCGUAACAGAUCUGCGACAAACCAGGCGGGGGCAUCGGAGAAGAUCGUCGGCAUGACGGUGCAGAGUGCCAAGAAGCGGGAAACUGUCCCGCAGCAUAGUGGCAACCAAUCUGAAGAGCCGGGUGAACCGACUGCAGAUGCCGAAAGACGACACGCCGACGUCGCAGUUGGCAGUGCCGAAGAACGUCGGUCCACCGGUGCAGCGGCUUCUCAAACUCCCACUACCGCAAGUGCGACUUCUGACCCGUCUGCAUUGGGUCGUAGGAAAACGUUUGUCAUCUCGAAAGAAAAUGUAGUUUCCUUGUGUGGCAUUGAAAUUGUCCGACAGCGUCCCAGCGAAACCUUCACGCUUGCCAGAGAAAACGUUGCGAGCGCAAUUGACGACCGCGGCGCUUGGAGCAGUCUUGCAAAGGCCCCCGAUGCACAAAUUGACUCUACCGUCAACGAUGCCGCAACUGCUGGUCUAACAGCGGUGGCGUUUGACGAGCCCAAGGACGUCGCUUGCGAGCCAGCAAUGCCAUUAGAAAGGUCCCAGAAACUGCUAGAAUUCGCGCUUCCCGCUUCACCUUUCGUCGAGGAAAUGCUGCUCGACGUUGCCGAGCCAUCCCUCGUGGCCAUCAGCUUUGGUAGCAUGAACGCCGAAGAAGAUUUGCCUCGGACUGCAACACAGCCCGCUCUCUUGAAAGAUUUUGGUUCCAUCUGCGAUUACCCAGACAUCAGCGGCAUUUCUGUGGUGGCUCAAGAAAAGAGUGCGGUCAAGGAGACGCCAAGCACAUCCAGUACUUCGACAUUACGUCCGUGUACGAGGUCGAGGGGUCUUGCCCUAGAGCCGUCCUCCGGGGCGAAGGCAACCUCAACCGGCACGCCGAUGCAAGAAGCCCGGACAACUCGAUCGUCGAAGAAGGUGGCGGGAUCUUCCCAGGGCAUCCUAAAGGUUAAGACAAUGCCAGGUUCGAAUUCAGUUGCACCGGCUUCAAAGAGGUCGCUGCGUCUCGGCAAAGGCCUACAAACCGGACUUUCGCCCUACUCAAAGCUUCCCAAGUUGUCGACUCCUCGGAAGACUAGACUUGCGACUGACUGCGGAAGCACACCUGCUGGACUGCCUUCAGCCUCAAGAUGCGAAAACAAGUCGACAAUGUAUAUGAGCGCGUCGACUACGAAGCAUGUCGGGUCGACUACGAAGCAUGUCGGGUCGACUACGAAGCAUGUCGGGUCGACUACGAAGCAUGUCGGGUCGACUACGAAGCAUGUCGGGUCGACUACAAAGUCUGGACCUUUGUCGACAGAGCAUGGGCAAUCAAGUUCAAAAUCGGCAUCCAAGCUUGUGCCUUCAACCGCAAAGCCUUCCUCUUCAUCGGUGAAGCGUAUGCUGUCGACUGCAAAGUCAGUGUCUGUGUCUUCUCAGAAAGUUGUGCAGCCUGCUACAGCUUCGUCGGCGUCGUCUUCUGUGCCGAAGUCGGACAUUGCGGGCGUUUUCUCGACCAAAAGCUUUGCGGCUUUCGCUUCCUUCUUUGAGGUGUCGCAACUGCCGUCGUUCGACAGCUUUGCCGGGCCGGAUUCCACGGUUUCGUCGCCACCUUCAGCAUCUCAGCCUGCGGGUUCGCAACCAGACCAGGGUGCGGCUGCAGCGGAGACUCCCGAAGUCCCAAUGGAGGUCGCGGAGCCGAGUGACAGGGAGGACGUUUCAGCUGAACUGGACCUGGAGGUGGAUCUGGACGUUGAUGGGAUCAUGGACAGAGUGGACGCCCUGGACGUGAGGCACACACUCUACUGGAGCGUCUCGGAUGAUCAGCUCGAGCGUGAGGUCGCCGCCUUUGACAGCACGCGGAUAGUGUUCAAGGCGUUGAGAGGCAAGAUACUGGUCUACGUUGAGCUCGGCAAAGAAGUCCGGAGGCCGGGAGCAAGGUACCUGUUCACAAACGCGGACGGUGUGAAGGCACGCCGCAACACCAAGCGCAUCUACAACAUCUGGUUCCACUCCGAGCAACCAGCCGACACAGAUUACGCUCCAGUGUACGUGUUUCUGGACAGCGAAUUUCGGAGGAGGGUCGACGAAGGCGAUCUGCGCAGGCGCUACUCUUGCACGGACGACCUCGGCAAGUUGCUGGAGGAGAUCUCUGCCAAGUCGCACAAGCUGACGGCCUUCAUCGAUGAUGUUGUGACUGCCACCCGUCGUUACUUCUUCAGGCUGAAGGACUCGAUUCUCUCCAUUCGGAUCCUUUGCCACAGGAGGCUGCUUUAUUUUUACGUGAACUUCAAGAUUGAUCUCGACACUUACCCCAAUGAGGUGAUGGUGCCGUCUGUCCGCAAUAAUCCAACAUACACCAGCCACAUGCCGCCGGACAAGGCUCAGCGUGUGAUGGCUCGAGUACAGCCAGGUGUCAACUAUAUUUCGAGGAUGCUGAAGGAGCUGCGGGAUUUUAUGGCCAAGUAAUUCACCUGUGAUCAACCCGGUUGAAUCGGCCGGACCUCGUUCAUUUGAUUUUUUUGAUUCCUGUGCUAGCUUUUAAUAUUGUUAUACUUUUCAUAUUCGUUCGCAUGUAUAAUAUAAUCAUCCAACCUUGUUUAUAUUUAUUGUCAAUGCCAGUAAAGGCUGCUCACAUUUUGUUGAAGAUUUUCGCUAUUAAAUGUACAAACUCACUA